GAACAGUCGAAGCCUGAAAUAGGAAAAUAAAUAAAACAGAUGGAAAUAUACUUGGUGGACGAGAAAAGAAAGUACAAUACUAAAAAGGAGGUGUCCGAUAUCGGAAUCCAAUUUGUUGACAAAGCAAUUUAAUUAAUUUAACGAAGUGCUAGGGGUGACUUUAACAUUUAGUUAAUUACGUAGCUGUGCUACGUAGAAGCAUCCAAGGCUAAAAAAUGCCUGUGAAUAACACCAGUUCAAAUUUUAAGACUUUCAAAGUGGUUCUACUAGGCGAAGGCUGUGUUGGCAAAACAUCAAUAGUUCUGCGCUACGUUGAAGACAAAUUCAAUCCCCAACAUAUAAGCACCUUGCAAGCAUCAUUUCUCACAAAAAAGCUUGCUUUAGAAGAUGGCAACCGAGCACAUCUCAACAUUUGGGACACUGCUGGCCAGGAACGUUUCCAUGCACUUGGGCCCAUCUACUAUCGCGGUUCACACGGCGCCAUACUCGUCUACGACAUAACCGAUGAAGAUUCCUUUGCGAAAGUCAAGAAUUGGGUGAAAGAACUGAAGCGUAUGCUGGGUGCUGAAAUUGUCAUCACAAUUGUGGGCAACAAAACAGACUUGGAUGCUCAACGCACUGUACCGCAAGAUGUGGCGUUAGAGUAUACGGAAGGUGUAGGGGCACACUACUUUGAGACUUCGGCCAAAGCCAACGAGGGCAUUGAAGAGUUAUUCACAGCCUUAACGCAGCUAAUGAUACAGCGCCAUGCGCAACGCGAACAAGAGACUAGUUCAUUGCGACUGAUGCAGGGUGGACGUACGUCACAACGGUUGGUCGUUGAAGAUGAUUCACAGGAUGGCGAUGAAGAAGGGAGACAAGCGCCUGCAACUAAUCGGUCGUGCUGUGGGGCUGGUUAAAAAAUUGUUACUAAUUUAAUUGCAUUGUAAACAUCCAAACAAAGUGAGAAGAGCAGAUUGGUAAGAGAGUUUUAGACUAGUAGUAGUAGUAGUAGUAGUAGUAGUAAAAUUUUGCGAAUUUGGGUGUUUAAAAAUGCAAAUACUGAAAGUAGCGAAGUAACCAAGAUGACGACGACGACAACGCCAACGCCGAUGAAGCCGCAGCUAGAUUAAAUUGUGAUAAACUCAUUGUAACGUGUAAAUUUAAAUACUUUUUUGUAUAAAAGUGCUUUAAUAUUGUAUGCUACUUUAAAAUUUAAUUCCAUUUAUUCUACUACUGUCCGAACAAAACUAAAACUUACUUCAAUUAUGCGCUAUAGACCUAUAGCUGUCUAAUCCUACCUACUUCAAUAUAAUUCAUUUUUUUGUUAUUUUUAAUACGCUUUUAUUUGUUGUUAUAUUGUAAUGCAAUUAAAGUUUAAAAGGACCUAAAAAGGAG